GAGGAUUAGAAGCGUCGGCAGCGUUAAUAGUAUCGGCGAUUCGCGAUCAUGCUCUACGUUGCUGCGUCUUGUGUCUGUGCCCGUGUCGUUCGAAAGCCAAUAACGUCCCACGCGAGAUGAGCCGAUUUUAAGUGCGUCUAUUCUAGAAUAAUACGUACGCAGCAUGUGAAUCGUCGCCGAGUGUGUGCAUCGACGAAACAUCGUUGCCGAUUUUCAGAAUUUACGGUCGAUACAUCGUAAAAGGCAAAAACGUUUUAUGCUCGGAGCGCCGCUAAGAAGAUACAGAAGAGAAUCCAAGUCAGCGGGCAAAAGAGCGUGAAAAAGAGGCUAUAUCGUUUCGUUUGCGCUAACAAAAAAAUUGCACUCCGCUCAGCAGUAGCAGCUAUUAUCUGCUGUCCGCGUUGCCGGAGCGGUAGAGUAUUUAUAUACAUCGCACUCGACCUGACUCGGCUCGGCUGCAUUUCUCAUCGCCACGCCAGCGGAACGAAGUUGUCAAGAGCAAGGAUUCUCGGCCUCGCUGCGCUGCUGCUACGACCGCAGUCAUCAUCCCAUACCUUGGUCGCGAAUCAUCCGGCCGAAGGAACGCGCGAGUCACGAUGCUAUCUUUCGGUGAUCGCGUUUGCCUAGUUCUGAUCGUCGCGGUCACAGUCGCGUCGGCGGCGAGCUUUCCCAAAGCCCCGGAAAAGCUCAAGAUCGUCUACUCGUGGAAAUCGCUGGACUUCGCCUUCGAGAGCGAGGCCGUGCGCGAGUCGGCUCUGCGCACGGGACGGUUCAAGCCCGGCGCGGCCAUUCCCAUAGACGUGGACGUGCACUACGGGCCGGACGAGCCGCGAGUCUUCGUGACGAUGCCUCGGCUUGAGAUCGGCAUCCCCGUGACCGUCGGCUACGUCACGGACGGCCUGUCCAAGGAGGGCAAUCCUCUGAUCGCCCCCUACCCCAACUGGCAGUGGAACAAGCUGGGCAGCUGCGACGCCCUGACGAGCGUCUACCGAGUGCAGGUCGACGAGUGCGAGCGUGUCUGGGUGCUCGACACGGGCAAAGUCGGCGAGGAGCAGGUCUGCCCGCCGCAGCUGCUCUCGUUCUCGCUGCGCAGCAAUCGGCUGCUGAGCCGCUACCGCGUGCCGAGCUCGCAGUACGAGGAGGACUCGCUGCUGGUGACCCCGGCGGUCGACGUCAGGCGCGUCGACCCGGCCAAGCAGUGCGUCGAGACCUACGUCUACCUGGCCGACGUCACGGGCUUCGCCCUGAUCGUCUACGACCAUCGCGAGCAGCGAUCCUGGAAGAUCGUCAACAAUCUCUUCUAUCCGUAUCCGCCGCACGGCACCUUUGAAAUCAGGGACGAGAACUUCGACCUGAUGGACGGCAUUCUGGGCAUGGCGCUGGGCCCGCAGAAGCCCAACGGCGAGCGCAUCCUUUACUUCCACUCGCUGGCCAGCGUCGUCGAGUCCUGGGUGCCGACCUCCGUCUUGAGGAACUACAGCCUGUUCCGCAACAACAGCGAGGCGUCGCCUCGCUCCUUCCAGCCCUUCGCCAUGGAGAGAUCCAGCCAGUCCGCAGCCGAGGCCAUGGAUCGCAACGGCGUCAUGUUCUUCGGCCUCAUGAGCGAUCUCGCCAUUGCCUGUUGGAACAGCAAACACUAUCCCGAAUUCGGUGGCAAUAACAUCGAGAAGCUCGUCGUCAACGAGGAGACCUUGCAGUUCGCCUCGGGUGUUAAGGUGGUGAACGGAAAAAACGGCCGACAAGAGUUAUGGGUGUCGACCGCCUCGUUUCAGCGCUACAUGAGCGGAAGUCUGCAUCCGAACGAGACGAAUUUCCGCAUCCAGGCAGGCUUCGUGGACGAGCUCGUGCGAGGCACACAGUGCGACGUGACGACCCUCGAUUCCAUAAGCCGAUACCCGACCAAGGUGUCUAAAUGAAGGUCGUUUCGGUACCGCGGCAAGUUUUUCAACGACAACAACGACGACGUUAACGACGAUGACAACGACGAUUGGUGGGUUGGCUACUUUCCCCGACAUCGUUUCAGCUUCGAGGACGACUCGAGUUUUGACAACGAUCAGCACCACAAUUACGGACAGAGACUGAGUCCUUCAUCUUCUUACUUCCCGUGGUACCGCGAUAGCGCCGCCUUAGCUGCCGCCAGACCGACUCGCAGAAUAGUUCGACCUGUCUCGUACAGCUCUCGUGUCGAUCAUGGACGAUAAAAUAAUUGUGUAUCCAAAUUCGCGAGUGCUUAAACUUUCGACAUAUUUUCAAUGUGAUCGAUAUUGAUGCUCAAUUUUGUACAUUCAUUGUACAGUUUUGUUAAUGUGUUUUAUACUUUUUAUACAGUAACUCAAAACAUUUUACAAUUUUUAAAAACUUUUUUAAGUAUAC